CAGAGUGAACAGACACCUGGCGACGCGAGGCUACGUUCAUGUGAAUCCGCUCCCCUCUCGGAGCCCUUGGCCCUCCCUCCUUAUAAAAGGCUACAGCCAGUGAGCAAUGGCAGCGCGUAUUUUUGAAUUGAAAUGGCAGAGAGCGGAACGAAACGUUCACCUGAAGACAACCAGGAUCUGACAUUACCUCUAAAGAAACAACAGUUGUUGGCAAAGAAGUUGUCAGAUAAAGAAAGGGACAGAACUCGGAUUAACAUUGGCCUUGCAUUUCCAAGGUGGAGAGCACUGCGAGUGCUUAAGGGGCUACAAUUUGACUCAGAGAGACUCUUCUUCUCCUGGACAGGAAGGAACCAAUCCAACAAGACAUUCCAUCUGAUGGAAGACAGGAUGAGCUGGCCACAGGCUCAGAACUACUGCAGAGAACAUCACACUGACCUGGUCAGUGGAGACCAACAGUUAGAGGACAACAAAUUCAAGGAUGAGUUUAAGUUUAAGUCAGACGACUCUGUGUGGAUCGGCCUGUUCAGAGAUUCCUGGAGGUGGUCAGAUGGGAGCAAAUUCUCUUUCAGAUACGGGGGUCCACAGUUUAACGAUGACUCAGGCAGUGAGAGAUGUGCUGUGACCAUGCUGAAUGAUGGAGGCAGAUGGAGGGAUGAAGACUGUGAUGAGGAAAAACCCUUCUUCUGCUAUGGCGAUAAAGUGAUCCCGAUCGAUAAGAGUGAGACCUCAGAGGACGCCUUAUAUCACUGCGGAAGGAACUUCAACUAACCAACCCUGACGAGCAGCGAUGGGUCCAAGUGAAAGCCAAGCAGGCCAACAGUCCCUACGUCUGGCUGGAGGAGAACAUAAGUGGUUCAAAAAGAAUGACAGUGAGAAGUUUAAUUUCAUAUAUUUUACGUGCUAAACCCACUAUACUCACUGGUAGCAGGCCUUUUAUUCAUUUACUCACUUUGUUUGCAGUGCUGUGUUACUUUUGGAAACAUUUACACUAUAAUGUGUUUGUUGAACAGCAUUCUGGGACAUGUAGUAAUCCCAACCUGAGGGGGAGAGAUGUGAAAUCACGAGCAGAAUUUUUAACAGCAGAUUUUAAAUUGAGAGAAAGUAGCUACAUUGAAGUCAGUUUCAAAGCAGCAUCAGAUUACUGAGGAUGUGACCCUGUAAUGGGUUUUUCUCUUUAUUCUGAUUCAACAACACCUGAGUUAUCACUAUUUGUUAUUUCCUGGAGUUGUUGUUGUAUUUUAUUUAUUCUCUUGAAGUGUGGGUGUUAGAAAGGCUUGAACUAUACUGGAACUGUGAGAAUACGAAGUACCACAUCUAUGGUUGUAUAUUAGUUUUAUAUUAGUUAAGGGCUGUACUACCUGCUUUUCAUAGCACUACAAAUUGGGUGCAGUAACAGUCCAUAAGCGCCACCUACUGGUGAGCUAUAUUAAUGCCACUGGGGGGGAUCUAAAGGAGCAGAGGGCGCACAGUUGCCAUGUGGCUGGAGCACGGAGCUGUGGAGUAAAUCCAUGUGAUGUUGUGCCUUCUUAAUUUACUGUAAGCAACUGUUUGUUUGUUCGUUCCCAUUUGGAUUUCAUGUGGAAGUCUUACAUAUCUUACCUAGUCCACACACAUUCUCAGAAAUAGAGAUAUGCCUCCACCUGUCCUCGUCACAAACCAGUUACCAGAGAGUUCAGUUUCAUGUUCUGACCGACACACAGUGAUGAGCAUCAUAUAUCCACCAGCCUAAGACAGAGAAGUGAACUCUCAGUUACAGUCAAGCUUUAAUUCAUCUUUUGAGGUUGUAUUUAGUUUUCUGUAUAAUUGACAGUGUGUAUGGUAGACAU